AUGAGCUCCUGGUUCGGAUUCGGCAAAACUGCCAACAAUGACAAGAGCGGAGACGGGGUCGUGCGAGCCCUGCCAGCAUCAUGGUAUCGCUCCGAGGCCAUGUACCAGCUGGAGAGACGGUCCAUUUUUUCCAAGCACUGGAUUGUCGUGUCCCACAAGGCGAGGUUUGUGAACGCCGGCGACUUUGUGCAAAUCACCGAGGCCGGCUUUGCCUUCUUUCUCAUCAAAGACCGCCAAGGGAACAUCAGAGCCCACCAUAACGUCUGCCGUCAUCGCGCGUAUCCCUUGGUGGAGAAGGAGUCUGGCAAGGUGUCAAUCCUAGCGUGCAAGUACCAUGGGUGGUCGUACGGCUUCGAUGGGAAGCUCGCCAAGGCUCCCAAGUACCAAGAGCUCCCGACCUUCGACAAGUCUGCCAAUGGGCUAUUUCAGAUCCAUGUUCAUGUUGACCAUCUCGGUUUCGUCUGGAUUAACCUCGAUUCAGAACCUGAGCCGACGGUGUCCUGGUCAGAGUACUUCUCCUCUGUUGAUCGGCAAGAUCGGCUGCAGAAAUUCGACAUGAGUCAGUACCACUUCGAUCAUCAGUGGGGAAUGGUUGGCGAUUACAAUUGGAAGACACUCGCAGAUAAUUACAACGAGUGCUAUCACUGUCCUACGGGCCACCCGGCCCUCAAUACCAUCUCCGACAUGACCAAGUACUGGGUCGAAACGACAGGUGGUCACAUACAGCAUUUCAAUGUCGACAAAGAAGGAAUUUCCGAAGACGCGACACCAGGCAUAUAUAGCACGUUCUACUACCCAAAUGCCUCCAUCACGAUCUCGCCGGUGUAUCGUCACAACGACGCUUCAGAUGAGAAGUUUACCUACAUCAACGAAAUGUUCAAGCAGGUGUUGAAAGAGGACAAAGAUUUGUGCAACGCCGCUCAGAAGAAUCUCAACGCUGGAAUCUUCACCAAUGGCGAACUCCACCCUCGAGUUGAAAAGGGCCCGUUGUUCUUCCAGGAUCUCACACGAGGGCUGGUCAUGAAGCAUCGUGAACAAGAGGAAGCUGCUGGACAGGAGAUCUGGCCAGCUACCCCAAAACACCUUGUGUCAGAGAAGAACAAGGAAGAGAUCGAUUUCUGCAAGAGUCUUGACUGUGCUUCUGGAAACGGGCCAGCGGAGUUAGCAUGGUAG